AUGGAUGGCAAUCAUUCUACACAAUUGUUUUGCCAACUAAAGGAUCAUUCAAACUUUAAGGAUUUAGAAAUUCGAAUUGCUUCCACUGCUAAACUAGAUCAAUGUGUGUACAAUAAACCAUCAGUAGAUCAAGUUGCUGCAAUUUGGAUAGAUGGAAACAACCCCAAUGUACCAUUUGAUCGGGAGAUUAUUGUUCAUGAACAUUCAGGUAAUAUUCAUAGAGUUAAACAUUAUUAUGGAUGUUAUGACCCGCUCCAGUAUCCUUUGCUUUUUCCAAGUGGUGAACUAGGAUGGCACCAAGGAAUACGAAAACAACAUAAAACAAGUAAAGGUAAGCAUGGAACUGAAGUUCCAGGCCUCAACCAGAAUAACCCUACAUUUAUGUCCGUUGAUGGGGUGUUUGACAACGAGGAACAAGGCAUAGUUGAUAGUAUAAUGGCUGGAGAAAGAAGAGGCUCAAAAGUUGGUCAAAGAAUAAUACUUCCUGCAUUAUUUAUCAGAGGUCUUAGGGACAUGCGUCGUAGAUAUACGAAUGCAAUGGCUUUGGUUCAACAUUUUGGGAAACCAGAUUUGUUUAUCACAAUGACAUGUAAUCCAGAUUGGCCAGAGAUUCAAGAAAAUUUGAUAGAAGGACAACUUGCUCAAGACAGACCUGACUUGGUGACUAGAGUUUUCAGAUCAAAGUUACAAGAUUUAAAAGAUCAAAUCUUCAAGAAAAAAAUAUUUGGGCCUGUUGCAGCAUAUGUUUAUGUCAUUGAAUUCCAGAAAGGAGGCCUACCACACAUUCACCUUUUGUUAAUACUAGAACAAGGAUACAAGUUGACAUCACCAGAUGAUUAUGACAAGUUUAUUUCUACUAAACUUCCCGACAAAGAAGAAUUUCCAAUUUUGCAUGACUUGGUUAUCAAACAUAUGAUGCAUGGCCUGUGUGGAAAAAAAUAUCCAACAAAUUCAUGCAUGAGGGAUGUUCAGUGCAAGAGUCAUUAUCCUCGACCAUUUAGUAAUAAAUCAAUACAAGGAAAGGAUAGUUAUCCUAUUUACAAGAGGCGAAAUGAUGGAAAAAAAGAAAAAGUUAGAGGCAUGACAAUGAAUAAUCAAUGGGUUGUUCCUUAUAAUUCUUAUUUACUAAGUAGAUAUAAUUGUCAUAUCAAUGUUGAGUCUUGUGCAGGGGUAAAAGCAAUAAAGUAUCUUUACAAGUAUAUAUAUAAAGGACAUGAUAGGUGCGUUGUUUUUAUCGAAUCAAAUAAUGGAGAAAAAGCCGCUGAUGAAAUUAAGAGUUUUCAAGAUGCACGUUGGGUUGCUACACCAAAAGCGCUAUGGAUAAUUUAUGAAUUUGAUCUUAGUGAAAUGCAGCCUCUGGUCAUUAACCUUCAACUACAUCUUCCAAAUAAACAAACAGCUAAUCCAGCAGAAGGCAAAAGGUAUUAUUUGAGAUUAUUAUUGAAUCAUAUACGAGGACCAACUUCGUUUCAAUACUUGCUAACUAUUAAUGGAAGGUUGUGUGGCACAUUCAAAGAAGUUGCAAAAGAAAGAGGUUUACCCGAGUCGGAUAAUAGCAUUUCUGAAUGCUUACGUGAAGCGGUCGUCUUCAAAAUACAUUCGGCUCUUAGAAAUUUAUUUGCAACAUUAUGGUUCAUUGUAAUCCGACGGAUGUGA